CUUGUAACUUUAUACGAAAGUUAAUUUUUAAAUUCGAGAAUAAGCGAUUUCUUUCUUCGGAUAUGUGAUGAGAUAUUCUGCGUAUUUCACUACUUUUCACUACUGUCGCAACAUUCAGCAGAGACAAUUGGGGGUACUCCAACAUCUGGCCGGAGUUCGGAUGCUUCAGUAGUAACCUUCGGAUAUUCGGAGAUCCUCCAUCCUACCAAUUGUGCCAAAUACACUCUUAGCUAGAACCCUCUCAUCAUUCUUCGCCGACUCACCAGAAUCUACUAGAAGAUCUGAUCUGAUCACGUGCUACUAGGCACGUGACCCCCUCUACAUCUGCUGCUCCCACCAAUUAUUCAGCACUCCACCAUGCUCCACUUGAACAAUACCAUCCACCCAGACACCCGCAACAAGCGCUUCAAGUUCGAGUCCUUCCUCCGCAAGGAGUACAACUUCGGCUUGGACCCCGACAGACCCGUCUGCCAGUACUUCAACCCGCAAAAACCACUCAACUCGUGCCCCAAUGGCAACAGAUGUCCCAACAAACAUGUGGCUGCCAUGUACAACAACAAGAUCGUGUGCAAGCACUGGCUCCGUGGGCUCUGCAAGAAGAACGACCAUUGCGAGUUUCUUCACGAGUACAACCUUCGGAAAAUGCCCGAGUGUUUGUUCUACUCCAAGAAUGGCUUCUGUACCCAGACACCUGAAUGCUUGUACCUCCACGUGGAUCCUCAGCUGAAGAUCCCUGAGUGCCAAAACUACAGCAAGGGCUUCUGUCCCGAUGGACCUCAGUGCUUGAGAAGACACAUCCGUAGAAUCAUGUGUCCUUUGUACUUGAGUGGGUUCUGUCCCAAGGGUCCAGAGUGCGAGUACACCCACCCCAAAUUCGAGGCUAUCAUCAACAGAAUGAGAAUCAGGCCCGACAGAACUGCUGCAGAGAGAGACGAGGACGCGUUGGCCAUCAAACUCUUGGCUGAGAAGAAGGACAGUCUUGCGCAGUCGUCAAAGAAGCACGGAAGAGACGGCAGACAUAGGUGAUCAAAUGAGGUUAUUCCAGGUCGUGGUGGAUAUUUACCAGACUACUCAAUAUUUCCACAGUACGUGACACUCCAGCCAUUGCGGGUUUAGCAAUUGUUGGCUCUUGUGAGAACUUCACCGUUCUCAUCGAUUCAAUGACACACACUGUCAGAAACAGCAUUCCGAGACUUCCCUGUAAUCGGUUAAUGGAAGGCGUUGGAAUCGAAGAUCCUUCGUUGCUUCACAUGUUUCGUUGGAGUGACAGAAUCCAUCGAUAUUUUACAAAACCCAUAGCUGGAAGCACAGCCAUCGUUCAUACUGACUGUUCAGUCAAUCCAUAGUAUAUUUAUUAUAUAGACGAAGAUACGACAAUGUACAUUACUUAAUUAUAUGCAAGUGUGGUGG